AUGACGGUGUUGAUGCCCUUCCUCUUCCUGCUGGGGAGACAAGAGUACUCAAAGGUGUGCGGUACCAUUACAGGAAGACGAAUUUUCAUAGCCAAUGCAAGACUAACUCCUUCACUCCAAGUUAACCACAGUCUCCUAGGGGUCCAGAUUUAUAGCUUGUUUGAUUAUGAUCAGAGAACGAGUGAAGAUCUCUCCUUUCGAAAAAGGAAAAAACGUCUUGAAAUACUCAACAACCAAGAUGGAGAUUGGUGGCAGGCACGUUCCUUAGAUACUGGUCGUGAAGGGUAUAUCCCCCGAAAUUAUGUGGCUGAAAAUAAGACCAUACAAGCUGAAGAUUGGUAUUUUGGUGCCAAAAGAGCUGAAGCCGAAAAGUUUCUCCGUGCUAACACAAUACGUGGUACUUUUCUUGUACGAGAAUCAGAGAGUAAACCAGGAGAUUAUUCUCUUUCCAUACAAGAUGGUGAAACAGUCAAGCAUUAUCGUAUUAGAAAAUUAGACGAAGGAGGAUUCUUUAUUACUCGUCGAGCAGUUUUUAGCACUUUAAAAGAACUGGUAGAAUAUUACAUGAAGGACUCUGAUGGUUUUAUGUUGUACUCUUCGUAUGGCCUGUGUUCAAUUGAGAAACCUCAGAUUGACCUUUCCCAUAAGGUCAAGGAUAUGUGGGAAAUUCCUCGAGAAUCUAUUACGUUGUUAAGGCUUCUUGGUACCGGCCAAUUUGGUGAGGUCUAUGAGGGUCUGAAUAAUACAACACCAGUUGCUGUGAAGACAUUGAAAUCAGGCACUAUGCAACCACAAGCUUUCCUUGAAGAAGCUCACAUCAUGAGAAACUACGUCAUCCCAAUUAAUCCACUAUAUGCUGUCUGCACAAAAAAGAAUCCAAUAUAUAUCAUCACAGAACUUAUGCCCAAGGGUAGCCUCCUUAACUACCUCCAGUCCCAAAGACGACGUUUACAGCUGCCACAACUCAUUGACAUGGCUGCUCAGAUUGCUGCUGGAAUGGCAUACUUAGAAAUGCACAACUACAUCCAUCGUGAUCUGGCUGCUCGUAAUAUCUUAGUAGGUGAUAAUAACAUUGUAAAAGUUGCUGAUUUUGGUCUUGCACGCCUGAUAGCUGAUGAUGAGUACAAUGCACACGAAGGUGCCAAAUUUCCUAUCAAAUGGACAGCACCAGAGGCUGCUCUAUACAAUCGUUUUAGUAUCAAAUCUGAUGUGUGGUCAUUUGGUAUAUUAUUAACAGAGUUAGUGACAUAUGGCCGCAUUCCUUAUCCUGGUAUGUCCAAUGCUGAAGUUCUACAGCAGCUAGAAAGAGGAUAUCGUAUGCCAGGUCCACCAAAUACACCUGAGUCACUAUACCAGAUAAUGUUGGAUUGUUGGAAACGUAAUCCAGCUGACCGACCCACGUUUGAAGCCCUUCAAUGGCGUCUAGAAGACUUCUUUGUCAUGGAUGGAUCUCAUAUCACCAUGCCAACGAACUUUAAGCCACACCCACGUUAA